AUGGCGGACGAAGAGGCCGAGCAGGAGAGGUUGAGCGGCGGCGGAGGCGGCUGCGUCGCGGAGCUGCAGCGCCUGGGCGAGCGGCUCCAGGAGCUGGAGCGGCGGCUGCGGGAGAGCCGGGCGCCGGCCGUGGACGCGGCCACCGAGUACUGUCAGCAGCUGUGCCAGACACUCCUUGAAUACGCAGAGAAAUGGAAAGCUUCAGAUGACCCCUUACCUUUAUUGGAGGUAUACACAGUGGCUAUCCAAAGUUAUGUUAAAGCACGACCUUAUCUUACCUCUGAAUGUGAAAAUGUAGCGUUGGUUCUGGAACGCUUGGCAUUAAGCUGUGUUGAGCUUUUAUUGUGUUUGCGACUUGAGCUAUCCAAUAAACAGUGGGAGCAAUUUCAGACACUGGUGCAGGUAGCUCAUGAAAAGCUGGUGGAGAAUGGCAGCUGUGAAUUGAAGUUUUUAGCUACUCUAGCUCAAGAAACUGGGGUGUGGAAAAACCCGACACUGUGCACUAUUCUUUCCCAGGAACCACUGGAUAAAGACAAAGUGAAUGAAUUUUUAGCUUUUGAGGGCCCCGUCUUGUUGGAUAUGAGAAUUAAACACCUGAUCAAAACAAAUCAGUUAAGUCAAGCAACUGCUCUGGCAAAGCUGUGUUCUGACCAUCCAGAGAUUGGUACAAAAGGUGGUUUUAAACAAACAUACCUUGUCUGUCUUUGUACAUCUUCACCACAUGAAAAGUUAAUCGAAGAGAUUUCAGACGUUGAUUGCAAAGAUGCACUGGAAAUGAUAUGUAACUUAGAAUCUGAGGGAGAUGAAAAAAGUGCUCUUGUUUUAUGUACUGCAUUUUUAUCACGUCAGCUACAACAAGGAGAUAUGUAUUGUGCCUGGGAGCUCACUCUCUUUUGGAGUAAAUUACAGCAAAGGGUAGAACCAUCUAUACAGGUGUACCUGGAGAGGUGUCGUCAACUUUCUUUGUUAACCAAGACAGUGUAUCAUAUUUUCUUCCUGAUUAAAGUUAUUAAUUCAGAGACUGAAGGGGCUGGACUUGCCACCUGUAUAGAAUUAUGUGUAAAAGCUCUUCGCUUGGAAUCUACGGAAAACACUGAAGUGAAAAUAUCCAUUUGCAAGACCAUUUCCUGCUUGCUGCCCGAGGAUCUGGAAGUUAAGCGCGCCUGUCAACUCAGUGAAUUUCUUAUUGAGCCUACAGUAGAUGCGUAUUAUGCUGUUGAAAUGUUGUAUAACCAGCCAGACCAGAAGUAUGAUGAAGAGAACCUUCCAAUACCAAAUUCUCUACGCUGUGAGCUCUUGCUUGUUUUGAAAACACAGUGGCCUUUUGAUCCAGAGUUUUGGGAUUGGAAAACCUUAAAACGACAAUGUCUUGCAUUAAUGGGAGAAGAAGCAUCCAUUGUGUCUUCAAUAGAUGAACUAAACGACAGUGAAGUAUAUGAGAAAGUAGUAGACUACCAGGAAGAAAUUAAAGAAACUUCUGUGAAUGGACUUUCUGGUGGAGUUGGUGCUAAUUCUGACCUCCUUACAGGCAGUUGUGAUGAGAAGCAAAAGAAGAAAGAGAUCAAGCAGUUAAGAGAGCGGGGCUUCAUAUCUGCCAGAUUUAGGAAUUGGCAAGCAUACAUGCAGUAUUGUGUGCUGUGUGACAAAGAAUUCCUUGGUCAUAGAAUAGUACGACAUGCUCAGAAACAUUUCAAAGAUGGCGUUUACAGUUGCCCCAUAUGUGCAAAGAACUUUAAUUCUAAAGAAACUUUUGUUCCUCAUGUCACGCUGCAUGUUAAACAAUCUAGUAAAGAGAGACUCGCAGCUAUGAAACCAUUACGAAGAUUAGGAAGGCCUCCAAAGGAUGCCACUACCAAUGAGAUCCAAAAGACUAAUAAUGCUGUGACCAAGCAGGAACAGAGACCUAUAAAAAAGAAUAGUCUCUAUUCAACAGAUUUUAUAGUAUUUAAUGACAAUGAUGGCUCAGAUGAUGAAACUGAUGACAAAGAUAAAUCUUACGAGCCAGAAGUGAUCCCAAUCCAGAAACCAGUACCUGUUAAUGAAUUUAAUUGCCCUGUAACUUUUUGUAAAAAGGGCUUUAAGUACUUUAAAAACUUAAUUGCUCACGUAAAGGGGCAUAAGGAUAAUGAAGAUGCCAAGCGCUUUCUUGAAAUGCAAAGCAAAAAAGUCAUCUGCCAGUACUGUCGGCGGCAUUUUGUAAGUGUUACUCAUCUCAGCGAUCACUUGCAAAUGCACUGUGGCAGUAAGCCAUACAUCUGUAUUCAGGUGAAAUGUAAGGCCGGUUUUAACAGUUAUGCAGAACUUUUAACCCACAGAAAGGAGCAUCAAGUGUUUCGAGCAAAAUGUAUGUUCCCUAAAUGUGGCAGAAUUUUUUCAGAAGCUUACCUGCUAUAUGAUCAUGAAGCACAGCAUUAUAAUACCUAUACUUGCAAGUUCACGGGUUGUGGCAAAGUUUAUCGUUCUCAAAGUGAGCUAGAAAAGCACCUGGAUGAUCACAAUACUCCUCCUGAGAACGUUUUGUCUCCCGAUGACCAACUUACUGCACCUGGAGAUUCUGUUCAGUCUUCCACAGUGAAUCAGAACACAGAAGGCAGUACUGAGAAAGAGAGAUCUGUGCUUCCUGCAGAAAAUAACUUUGCAAGCAGCUUCCCAGAAAGCAGAACUGACACCUGGGAUACGAGCAAGGCAGACUCAGCUGGGACUGAACCAGAACAGGGUGCUGCCUCUGUGCUGAGCGAAACUGGUGGACCAUUGUCCCAUGGUUCAGAAAACCCUGCUGCCACACCGCUGCUGCACGCCAGUGAAGUAGCUGUAUCCAUCAAAGUGUCUCUUAAUCAUGGGGUUGAAGAUAGCUUUGGAAAGCAAGAAAACUCAAUUGUGGAAGGCACUGGUGAAUCGCUGGUCACAGACAUACAGACACCUACUGAAGAUACUUGUAAUGAUUUGUGUCACCCAGGUUUCCAAGAGAGAAAAGGACAGGCUUGCUUUAAUGAAACUCAGAUUACUCAGAAUGCUCUAAUAAGUUCAGAAACCCUCAAAAUAGAUGACCUUACCCCACAGAACUUAGAAAGGCAAGUGAACAGCCUAAUGACCUUUUCUGUGCAAAAUCAGUCAGGAUUUCAAAACACUUUACCAACUUCCAAGAUUGAAUGUGGCGGUGAUGUGAAAACAUCACCCAACCUUUAUCAUUUACCUCUGAAGACAUUGGAAAGCAUCACCUUUGUUCCGCCACAACCCCACCUAAGUGGCUGUGCAGGAACUCCAUCAGUGCCUCUAAAACCUCCAGUCCAGAAGUUCAGUUGCCAGGUGGAGGGAUGUACUCGAGCCUACAAUUCUUCGCAGAGUAUUGGGAAACACAUGAAGACCGCGCACCCUGACCAAUAUGCUGCAUUUAAAAUGCAGCGCAAGAGUAAAAAAGGUCAGAAGUCUAACAACCUAAAUACACCAAAUAAUGGAAAGUUUGUUUAUUUUUUGCCAUCCCAGGUGAGCAGUUCUAAUAAUUCAUUUUUUGCAUCACAGACCAAAGCCAGUGGGAAUCCUACUUGUUCAACCCAGUCGCAGCAUGUCUCACCUCCCAUUUUUCCAGCUCAUUUAACAAAUGUGUCGACUCCACUGUUGCCCUCCAUGGAAAGUGUCAUCAAUCCAAAUAUACCUUCUCAGGACAAAAAUGAACAAGGUGGUGGUAUGUUAUGCUCCCAAAUGGAAGACGUCUCUGCUCCUACCUUGCCAGCACAAGUGGAAGAUCUAACCAAAACGGUUUUGCCCUUGAACAUUGACAGUGGCUCUGAUCCUUUCCUUCCUUUGCCUGCGGAAAAUAGCUCAAUGUCUCUCUUCCCGUCACCAGCAGAUAGUGGGACUAACUCUGUUUUUUCCCAACUGGAAAAUAAUACAAAUCAUUUUUCCUCACAGAUUGAAGGAAACACUAAUUCCUCUUUCCUAAAGGGGAGUAAUGGUGAAAAUGCAGUUUUUCCUUCACAAGUGAACGUUGCAGAUGACCUCAACAGCCCCAGUGCUCAACAGUCUACACCUGAAAAAGCUAAAAAAGACCGUGGGCGGGGCCCAAAUGGGAAGGAAAGAAAACCCAAGCAAAACAAAAGGGCUAAAUGGCCCGCAAUUAUCAGAGAUGGGAAAUUUAUUUGUAGCAGGUGUUACAGAGCUUUUACCAAUCCCAGAUCACUAGGAGGACACUUGUCUAAGCGAUCUUACUGUAAGCCACUGGAUGGAGCAGAAAUUGCCCAAGAACUGCUACAGAAUAAUGGACCGCCUUCACUUCUGGCCAGCAUGAUUCUCUCCACAAAUGCAGUCAAUUUCCAGCAGCCACAACAGUCUACCUUUAAUCCGGAAGCAUGUUUUAAAGAUCCAUCGUUCCUGCAACUUCUCGCUGCUGAAAAUCGCUCAACAUUUUUACCAAAUACAUUCCCUCGUACUGGUGUGACUAAUUUUAAUACUAGUGUGAGCCAAGAAGGAAGCGAAAUCAUUAAACAGGCAUUGGAAACCGCUGGCAUUCCCAGUACAUUUGAGGGCCCAGAAAUGCUUUCUCAGGUUGUUCCAUCAGGUUGUGUCUCAGAGGCGGGGCAGGUAAAUGCAGCAGUGAUGCCAAAUCCAACCGUGCCACCCCUGUUGCAGACUGUAUGCCACCCCAACACCCUGCUGGUCAACCAGAAUAGGUCCCCCAAUUCUAAAACUCCCUCUGCAGAUGAAAUCAACAAUUUAUCUGCCUUUCCAGCAAAUGACUUACUACAGAAGACUGUUGAAAAUGGUUUGUGUGCUAAUUCAUUUCCUGAUUCUGGUGGGCCAUCGCAGAAUUUUGCUAGUAAUGGUUCACGUGUUUCAGUUAUAAGUGGUCCUCAGAAUACAAGGUCCAAUAAUUUAAAUAAAAAGGGAAACAGUGCUUCUAAGCGAAGAAAGAAAGCUGCUCCUCCCCUGAUUGCACCUACCGCCUCCCAAAAUGUGGCAGCAAGUGACUUAGCACCAAUGGGACUCCUAGGAAAGAGUAUUGAGAUGCCAGCUAGUAACCCUCACUCAACCAUUAGUCCAAAUUGUGAACCUCGGGGUAUGGUGGAAAAUCUAACACAAAAACUAAAUAAUGCUGACAAUCAGUUGUUUAUAACUGAUGGAAAGGAAAGCUUCAAAACCAAUCUUGAGUCUCAUACAGAGUUAGCACCCUUACCGUUAAAAGCAGAAAAUGGUGAUUCCCAAAUGAUGGCUUUGAAUUCAUGCACAUCGAUGAAUUCUGAUUUGCAGAUUUCUGAAGACAAUGUUAUACAAAACUUUGAAAAGACUCUUGAGAUUAUUAAAACUGCUAUGAAUUCUCAAAUAGUGGAGGUAAACAGUGGGCCUCCGAGUGCUGGUGAAGUACCACAGAAUGCACAAGUGAGUUAUAACAUCCAGCUUCCUCCAGUAAACACUAUUCAGAGUAACAAGUUACCCGAUUCUCCUCCGUUUUCUGCCUUCGUAGGGGUCAUGCCAACAAAAAUUAAUGUUCCUCAAUCUGAAGUGCUACGUAAGGAGGAUCAAAUACAGGAAAUCUUAGAAGGUUUGCAGAAAUUAAAAUUAGAAAAUGACCUCUCUGCUCCAACCUCUCAGUGUGUUCUAAUCAAUACAGCCGUGACUUUGACUCCUAGUCCUGUGAAAUCAACUCCAAAUGACCCAGUUCCGCCUGUUUCUGAAGUGCCACAUAGCAUUCAAUGUAGUGACAAGGUUAGUAAACCCUUUGUGUGUCAGAACCAAGGCUGCAACUACAGCGCCAUGACGAAGGACGCACUCUUUAAGCACUACGGCAAAAUUCAUCAGUACACACCAGAGAUGAUUCUUGAAAUUAAGAAGAAUCAGUUGAAAUUUGCUCCAUUUAAAUGCGUAGUAGCUACAUGUACAAAAACAUUUACAAGAAAUUCAAAUCUCCGAGCACACUGUCAGUUGGUACAUCACUUUACAACAGAAGAAAUGGUAAAGUUGAAAAUCAAAAGACCUUACGGAAGGAAGUCGCAGAGUGAAAAUGUGCCAGCGUCACGUGUUACACAAGUCAAUAAACAAUUACCUGAACCGGAGGAAAAUAAACGGGAAUUGCAGCCUGCUUUAGAAUUAGAGGCAAAAACGGAAAACACUGUCAGUAAUAUAGCAGAGAUCCCAGAAAACCAACCUGUAGAAAAAAAAAGUCCUGAAACUAUGGAAAGAUCUUCGCAAGUGACUGCAGUUACUUCAGAACCAAAUCAUACAAGUUCUCUCCCAAACAUACAAACCAAAGGACGGAAAGUUAGGAGACAUAAAAAAGAAAAGGAGGAGAAAAAAGGCAAGAAGCCAGUUUCCCAGUCAGUCGAGGUUCCAACAACAUACAGUCCGUACCGACCUUAUCGGUGUGUUCACCAGGGUUGCUUUGCCGCAUUUACAAUACAGCAGAACUUGAUUCUGCAUUACCAGGCUGUACACAAAUCAGACCUACCUGCAUUCUCUGCAGAGGUCGAAGAAGAAAGUGAGGCUGGUAAAGAAAGCGAAGAAGUGGAAACUAAAACUGUGAAAGAAUUUCGAUGUCAGGUGAGUGACUGUUCUCGAAUUUUUCAAGCAAUUACUGGCCUAAUACAGCACUACAUGAAACUUCAUGAAAUGACUCCCGAAGAAAUUGGAGGUAUGACUGCUACUGUAGAUGCUGGGAGAUUUCUGUGUGACCAAUCAGAAUGUAAAUCUUCAUUUACUACCUUUCUGAAUUACGUUGUCCAUCUUGAGGCCGACCAUGGGAUCGGGUUAAGGGCGAGUAAAGUAGAAGAUGAUGGCAUAUAUAAGUGUGACUGUGAAGGCUGUGACCGGAUAUAUGCGACCCGGUCUAAUCUCCUCCGACACAUUUUUAAUAAGCAUAAUGACAAACAUAAAGCUCAUUUGAUUCGACCAAGAAGAUUAACACCAGGCCAGGAAAAUAUAUCAAGCAAGGCAAACCAAGAUAAAACAAAACCUAAACUUCGAGGGGCAAAGCACAGCCGGUGUGGAAAGGAAGGAAUCAGAAUGCCUAAGACCAAGCGAAAGAAAAAAAAUCAUUUAGAAAACAAGAACACAAAGAUUGUGCAGAUUGAAGAAAAUAAGCCUUAUUCUCUGAAACGUGGAAAGCACGUGUAUUCUAUAAAGGCUAGAAAUGAUGCCUUGUCUGAGUGCACAAGCAGAUUUGUGACCCAGUACCCAUGUAUGAUUAAGGGAUGUACAUCAGUUGUUACAAGUGAAAGCAAUAUAAUUAGACAUUAUAAGUGUCAUAAAUUAUCUAAGGCAUUUACAUCACAACACCGCAAUCUUCUUAUUGUUUUCAAACGGUGUUGCAACCCACAAGUAAAGGAACCAUCUUCUGGGCGCGAAGUUGAUAAAAGUGAUGUCAAAGAUGCCGACACGUGUGUAUCAGAGAACAAUGAUAACUCAGGAACAGAGUCGGUUCCACAGAAGGCAGUUGAAAAAAAUGAAAAAGAUGAAAUGGAUGAGUUAACAGAAUUAUUUAUUACAAAACUAAUAAAUGAAGACAAUGCAAAUGUAGAGGGUCAAGCUAACACCUCUUCAAGUGCAAGUAACGAUAUUCAGGAAAGUAACCCCUGCCAACCGGAAAAGCAAAAGGCAAGUAAUUUGAAGAGAGCUAAUAAAGAAAAAAAUGUCUCACAAAAUAAAAAGAGGAAGACUGAAAAAGCAGAGGCGGCGCUGGCACUUGAGCUAAGUAGCACGCAUAAGGAAGAAGAAACCGCUGUUGCAAUUCAGACCACUGAGGACCAUCCUGCAUCAUUUGACUGGAGCUCGUUCAAACCAAUGGGAUUUGAAGCAUCAUUUCUCAAGUUUCUCGAGGAGUCGGCAGUGAAGCAGAAGAAAAAUACUGACAAAGAGCAUCCAAAUAGUGGGACUAAAAAAGGAUCUCACUCAAAUUCAAGGAGAAAUAAUGACAAGACAACUGUGACUAAUGGGAAUCAUGUACAUUCUUGUAAAGAAACGGAAACAUUUGUACAGUUUGCCAAUCCAUCACAGCUUAAGUGCAGUAAUAAUGUAAAAAUUGUUUUAGACAAGACUCUUAAAGAUUGCACUGAGCUCAUCUUAAAGCAGCUUCAGGAAAUGAAACCUACCGUUAGUCUGAAAAAACUUGAAGUACAUCCAAAAGAUCUCAAUAUGUCUGUUCUGAAAGAACUCAGUACAGGUAAAGCCACAGGGAAAGGGCAGUACUGAGAACUAAUGUACUAGAAAUACAUCAUGGUUGGAUUUUAAAUAGGAAGCCAUCAAGCAUGCUAGAAUAGUGGAACCUUUUAACUUUUUUGUUGAUAUUGUUGACAUGAAUUAGACUGGCCAACAAAAAAAGAAGAAAAAAACACAUGACAUUUGUCAUGUAAACUCUUUGUUUUUAUCCCUAUGGGACUUGAGGAACAGAAUCAAUAUUUCAGUUUUGUAAAUAGUUGAGCUAAACUGCAAAUUUAUAUCAACCAAUUACCCUCUCCAUGAACUAAACUGAGUUUUCUGUGAUGGGUAUGUCUCACCAGGUCACUGCUCAUGUAUAACAGUCUUUGUAGAUACCUCUUUUGUAUAUAUUUAUUAUUGUAAAUCAUUUGCUGCCACCAGCAGUCUGUAAGUCUAAACUAUUAAAUGACACCUUUAUAUUUGGGAUUUUAAUUUUUAAGUGAUCAAGUUUUUAACAAAGUGAUCAAGUUGUAUUAUUGUUUUAAAUUAAGAACUUUUUUAAAACUAAAACUAGAAACUCCGCCAGAGUCCAUUGAUGAAUUUAUUUACGAGAUGAUCUCAAGGUUACCUUUCACAGACUCGGCACAUUACACUGACAGCUUGUUCUGCUUGGUACAUUUAACACCCAAGGUUUUGGGUGGUAUUCCUGUAAAAUUAAGGCAGAUUCUUUAGCACCUUUAGGAGGUUUGCUUUUUAAAUUUUUUUCUCCAUUGCUUCUAAUUGGAUAUAGUUAUUAUUCCAUGAAAUAUAAUGGAAAUGUAAAUAAAGAAUUUACUACACUGAAGAUUUUAAACAUUUCAUAUUAAAAAAAAUCCUUUGUGAUGUGAUAGAAACUAGUAGUGUGGAGCAGUGUAAAUAUUUGAGGUGGUGAUUUGUGAAGUAGCCCAGUAUUGCCUUAAAUAAAAUCACAUUUCAUUUCUUGUUUUAUACAUGUGAUCUUAUAAAGGUCGUCCCCUCUCCCUCCAUUUUAUGAAAUUUAUAGAUUGGUGUAUAGCUUUAAACUGUAUAAACUUUUGUGGAAAGAUUUUUUUAAACAUUUUUAUAAAUCUUAAUAUUGGUAUCAUCAAAGUGAGCUCAUCUUGUGUUUAUAAAAUGCAAGAGUCCUUAACAUUUAUAAUUACAUAGAUGAAACACUUUCUAUAAGGAAGUUGGAUGUUUUGAUUUUACUGUUUAUAGAUGUUAGAUUGUACAGAUUUGUCUGUAUUUUUCCACCAUAUCUAAUGAUACUUUUUCAUUAGAUUGGUCUGCAAGAGCAGUAUUAGUUGUUAUAAUUGAUUAUUUUGAUUAUUCAGUAUGUAGUUAGCUCUCAUAAUUUAGCUUUAUUCACCAUAUUUAUACUGUGGAUCCCCAGCCAGAAUUAGGUUACUUCCAGAGAAUUUAUUGCCUACAUUUAAAGUUCAACUAAAACAGUACUGAAAGCAAAAGAAAACACCCUUCCAAGGUUUCUUUUUGUUCUGUUUGCCAUAAAUACUGUAGUAGUAUUCAUUUUUUAUUUUGUAUUUGUUAUAAAGUUUGCAUUCACAAUAUUAGUAGCCUGAAAUAAUGAAGAUAUUGUGAUGAUCUGAAAAUGUGAAUAUUCCCUGUGCGACAGCAUAUUUCAGGAAGAAGAAGCACUUAAACAUGAAUUGAAAUUGCUGGUACUCUGAAUAAAUAAGCAUGGUCAAGAAGUGAAUUAUUUUCUCUUGGAAGAUAUUUUUUAAAGUUUUAUUAUUAAAGUACUAUAGUUUUUAGGACUUAUUGCUUAUACCUCUUAACUAGUCUCACCUUCUUAAGGUUUAUUACCAAUAUGCAUAAAAUUUGACACAAUACAAUCCCUAUCUUUUAGUAAGCCCACUGUUAUUUAUUAAAAUAAAGUUGUUGUUAUGGGUGGUUAAUACAUGUUUUUUUAAUCUAAAUUAAAAUAACUUACAUAGCAUUGUAUAACUUUUAUAUUAAUUUUUGUUAACAAUUGAAUGUUUCCAUAUAGUUUUCUUAAAAGCUGACCUAACUCUUAAUAGUAGACAUUUGACUAAACUGCCCUAUAUAAUAAUACUAGAAUAAUAUUGUUCCUGAUAAGUGUAGUGAUGGAUCAUUGUUAAAUGAAAAUUCCUCUAUAUUGGAUCUUUUGCUCAUUACCUUACCAGAAAAUUGACCAAUAGACAUUUCUGUAACUAUUUUCUCAUGAGGGGAAAGAGUUUGCCAACAUUGAGUUAAUUUUUUUUUUAAUAUCCUAGGUACUACAUUAUACUUUAAGCAGUUGUGGGAUAGUGAGCUUUUUUAGCAUGGAGCAGAAAAAUCAAAUUAUGGUAUAAAAUGUGAAUUUCUAGAGCAGCAUGUUGGUAAAAUUGGAUAUGGAAUGGAUUGUUUAUGUAUUAAAAAAAUCAAGCUACAUUUCUCAUGUUAUACAUUUUCUCAACCUAUGAUCUUGAGAUAUUUUCAUCCUACAGCCUGAAUUUGCUUAAGAUUUCAUCAGUUUUUAAGAUGGGGUUUUUCAUCUUUUAAAUCCAAAGAAUUGUACUGUUAUGCAUCAGAAAACCAUGUUAUUCAAAAUGCAUCAUUGUCUAUGUGAAAUGUUACUGUAUGGUGGAUUUUCCGCAAUGUUAAAUUUAGUAUAAUUAAAUUAUUUAAAGGCUAGAUGGAGAUUUUAAGCAAGACAAGUGUUGACCAUUAGGUAAAAACAGUUAUUACAGCUAUUAAGAUUGUU